CCCGCAGCUGCGGCCCUGUAACUUUAAACCUGGCCUGAGGUCAUCGUUUUGGCGCUGGCCAAACAGAGGCAGAGGGCGGUCCUAGGGGCCGGGGACUGAGACCACCUUACAGCCCGCGCUCCCCGCCCUCCUCCUCGGCCGAGAUAAAUGCCCACUCCACCAGCGCGUAAAGUUCCCAACUGCCAAGUUCGCACCCCUCCGGCUGCCGCGGACGGAGCAAGAGUGGGGCGCCCUCCCCGCGCUAGGCUUUUGCGCCCCGCAUUCCAGCUCCCCCCUCCUCGCCCUCUAUUAGCAGGGGGUCCGUGGUGAAAGACUUUUUCGUCUCCCCCCCCCCCACCCCUGCCCAGAGACGAGCCCCCGGAGAAGAUAAUCAACUAAGACGAUGUGGAAGGUACCAGUUCUGCUCUUCGUUUUGGGAAGCGCAUCGCUCUGGAUCGCGGCCGAAGGAGCCACCACAGCCCAGCCAGAGGAUGACAUUGUUACCACAGAUAUGGAAGGUGGCAUGGAGACAACAGGUGCAGAAGAUAAUGCUGUGACGCCAGGGGCCACUGAAGAGCCCUCUGACUCUACGAGCUUACACAGUCUGGUAACAAGUACAGAGAGCAUAACUGACAUGCACGUAGAAGACCAGUCAACUGUAGAAGUUACAACUCCGGCUCAAGAAGAAAGCCAGACCACCACAACCAUGAGUAUGGCCACUAGUCACAGUUACCCCACAGAGAAAGUGGAUGAAGAGACAGAGACGACUGUUGAGAAAGAUGGCUUGGCGACAGUGACCCUGAUUGGAAUCAUAGUUGGGGUCUUACUAGCCAUUGGAUUUAUCGGUGGGAUCAUCUUUGUGGUUGUGAGAAAAAUGUCAGGAAGGUACUCGCCCUAAAGAGCUGAAGGAUUGUGCCCUUCAACCAACAUAUUUAAAAAACCAUUUUCUUCAACUCUCCUCAUCCCUGAGAAUGCGGGAGAAGAUGACCCAUGGAAAUGCUUGCCCCUCCCUCAAAAUCCAUGGUGAUCCCUCCUCUUGCCAAAAGUAACCGAAGGAAAGAUAAUUCGCCAGACUUGCUCCUCUAAGCAUUUGUCUUUUGAAACUUUUUUUAAAUAAAAAUUUUGUAAAAGAUGAUUUAAAAGGCAGAAUGCAUAGAAAAUGGGGUAAAACUCUGUAAAUUGAUUUAUAACUAAGAUUAGACAAUAUAAUUCAAUGUUUAAUCAUGUCUUCAUUCUGACCAUUCUGUUAUUGCUAAAAUGCAAAGGAAUCUGGAAAUAUUUAUAUAAAUGGUGUCCUUGAGUCUAGUGCUUUGUCAGUAAAUGGCAUAAGCAUUUUGCAAUGUCUGAUCUCUUGAAAUGUACACAUUCCAGUCGCGUUUACUCUAUUUUUGAAGUCUCAUUUGGUGUAAAUAAUCAAGCAGAAAAAUCUAAACUUGGAUAAUAUAUAACGAGCAACCGUCUUCCAUUGGUCAGGAUAAAUCACUUCAAAGGCAUCCAUUUGGGGCCAUAAACAGGAAAUCGAUACUUUGGAGGAAACUUUUUGUUUUCACAACAAGGCCACAUGGCGGUCUCUAGACUUGCUUUACUGCUGUCUCCAGUGAUGAUUUGAUGAAUCAGAGGUUUGCUCACUGCUCCCCUCUCUGUUUCCCUCACAUCACCAGGAUCUACAACUCAGGGGGCCUCUGGCUUUCUUUCCAAUGCUGUAAGUCCUUUAGAUUUUGUUCUAGAAUGUGGACAGCUCAGUCCUGAAUGCCAGGGAGGUCGUUGGAGACCCCCAUAUUGUCACAAACGCUCAAGUGUUCCAAAAAUCUAGAGCCAUGGUGGUGCCCAAACAGAAACAGGAUGUGUGCCUCUCACAUGAGGGAUAGAAUUUACUAGUUGUCAGACAUACACUUCUUGCCAUAGAGAAAAGAUAUGGGAAGCAAAAAUAAAUUUGUAAAAUACUAACUUUAGAGCAGCUUCAUUUAGAAACUUGAUUUUAAAAUAAAAGUUAUUCCCGGUCUAAAUGAUAAACCACACAUUUCGGGGGAGUCAUAAUUCAAAAGAUCUAAAUAAAGCAGCACACUGCUAUUCUGUAUGGGUACCAUCCAAUAUGGGGUAUCGUGCAUCCCUUCUCCUUGUCCCCAGAGAUCAAUUGAGUUCUUUUUCCAACACAACAAGUGUUUCCAUUGAGGAGAUGCUUUAUCAUGAUUGUGGCUAUGUAAAUCUGAUAACUUCUGAAUUUUUGUGGUUUAUGCUACAGAGUGUAAUAUAAGACCAGUCAGAAAGUAUUGACUGUUCCUCCCAUUUUGUGCAUUAAUAAGUGGAUGUUGUAUGUCCUUGGGCCACCCUCGUCCACCUGGACCUCCAACCCAAGUUCCGUAUUUGAAUAUAACUGAUCGAGAGAAGGGAUUUCGAAGAAUUAUCUGAGUUAAAGAUCCUUGUGUUUCAUCAGAUUCCUGAACAGGUGUUAGGAAUAAUGUUCACUUCAUCUUUCUGAUUCGUCACACCCCUGCCCCACCCCCUGUUGUGAAAAUACUAGUUCAGCCCAAGUCGUACACUGGACCCACUCACUGCCUGCUGGGACGGGACUGUGGGUUUCUUGGUCACAUCUGUGUUGGUGCUCAAUACAGUGUAGACAUGUUUUAAAAUAAAACAGAUGACAGU